UCCACUAAUCUCCAUCUCCAGAACUCACGUCUAAAAAUACACAUUUCUUCAAUAAUAUAAUUAUUAGUACAUUUGGGAAUUGCUCAACCUAUCUAUCUUCUCUGUUUUCUUGAUCUCCCACUUCCAAUUAAUCAAGCUAGGAUAGCAAACAUGUCGGGUGGAAUCGGGCCGUGCAGUGAUAUACAUCUCCCCAAGGAGGAGUCGACGGAAGAAGCAGGGAAGCCGCAGCGGCGGAGAUUUUUCACCUUCCGGCAGCUGAACGUGUUGGCGGUGAUGAUUGUGCUGUCGGCCAGCGGCAUGGUGAGUAUAGAAGAUUUGGGCUUUGUGCUCUUCUCCAUCAUCUACUUGUAUUUCAUCUCCGAGGCGGCGUUUCCGCAGACCAAUCCGCCGUGGACUGGUUCCGUGUUUGGCCAAACUAACCGGACCCUCCGCCUCUACAUGUUAACUUCGGCAGUCAUCGGCUUGCUUUUCCCCCUUGCCUAUAUUUUUGAAGGUAUUGUUGAAGGGGACAAGGAGGGCGUGAAGGCAGCAGUUCCGCACUUGUUUCUGUUAGGCAGCCAGGUGUUCAUGGAAGGGGUGGCGUCCAAGGACCGUUUCUCAUUGCCGGUCCGGGUUUUCGUGCCGGUUUCCUACAACACCAAGAGGAUUUUCACCCUGGCUGAGUGGCUCAGAAGUGAGAUAUCAAAGGAGCAGAACCGGAGGUUGUAUGUUGGGAGAGGUCUGGCGGUUGCCAAUAUGGCGUUUUGGUGCUUUAACUUGUUUGGAUUCUUGGUGCCGGUUUACCUCCCUAAGGCCUUCAAGAUUUACUAUUCCAACCACAAGCAUAAUAAGGACUAAUUAUAUUACUGUAUUAUUGAUGAUACAUAGGUAGCUAGUUGUCAGUCAUUUGUUUUAUCCUAACCAAUGUUAUUUUGUUGUUAGGGUUUUGUUCUGUUUGUGUGUGUGUGUGUGUUCUGUGAAAGUUAAAUACAGGGUGAAAAGAAUAAAAAUAAAAAUAAAAAAGAAACUCUAGUCAA